UUAUGUUCUUUAAUGGUGUGUUCUUCUUUCUCUUCCAGCUUGUGUCCAAUGUCCUGAUCUUCUUCUGCACUAAUAUAGUUGGCGUUUGCACACACUAUCCAGCAGAAGGCUCACAGAGGCAAGCCUUCCAGGAGACCAGAGAAUGUAUUCAAGCGCGUCUGCACUCUCAGAGAGAAAACCAGCAACAGGAACGCCUCCUCCUCUCUGUGCUUCCGCGACAUGUCGCCAUGGAGAUGAAAGCCGACAUCAAUGCCAAACAAGAAGAUAUGAUGUUCCACAAGAUCUAUAUUCAAAAGCAUGACAAUGUGAGUAUACUCUUUGCCGAUAUCGAGGGCUUCACCAGUCUGGCUUCCCAGUGCACGGCCCAGGAGUUAGUGAUGACCCUCAAUGAGCUCUUCGCACGAUUCGACAAACUGGCCGCCGAGAAUCACUGUCUGCGGAUUAAGAUCCUGGGCGACUGCUACUACUGCGUGUCCGGGCUGCCCGAGGCCCGGGCCGACCAUGCGCAUUGCUGCGUGGAGAUGGGUGUCGACAUGAUCGAAGCAAUCUCGUUGGUGAGGGAAGUCACCGGCGUCAACGUUAACAUGCGUGUGGGGAUACACAGCGGGCGAGUCCACUGUGGGGUGCUGGGAUUAAGGAAGUGGCAGUUUGAUGUCUGGUCCAACGAUGUCACCUUGGCCAAUCACAUGGAAGCUGGGGGCAAAGCAGGGCGUAUUCAUAUCACCAAGGCCACCCUGAACUAUCUGAAUGGUGAUUAUGAUGUAGAACCUGGAUUUGGUGGAGAAAGAAACCUCUAUCUCAAGAAGCACAACAUAGAAACCUACCUCAUUGUGGGCUGCAGUCAGAAGCGGACAGAAGAAAAGGCAAUGAUUGCUAAAAUGAACCGGCAACGUACCAACUCGGUCACGCAUAAUAACACUCACUGGACAGACCGGCCCUUCUACAAUCACAUGGGUGGCAAUCAGGUCUCCAAGGAGAUGAAGAGGAUGGGAUUUGAGGAUCCCAAAGACAAACAUUUCAUUUUCAGAAACACGCAAGAAAACCUGAACCCUGAGGAUGAGGUGGAUGAGUUUCUGGGCCGUGCCAUUGAUGCUCGAAGCAUCGACCGAUUACGGUCCGAACACGUCAAGAAAUUUCUGCUGACGUUCCGAGAACCUGACCUGGAGAAGAAGUACUCCAAACAGGUAGACGCCAGGUUCGGAGCAUACGUAGCCUGCGCCUCCCUCGUCUUUUUAUUCAUCUGCUUCAUUCAGAUCGUCAUUGUGCCACAUUCUGGGUUGAUGGUUGGCUUCUAUAUGUUGUGCCUCGUCCUCCUGAUGGCCGUCAUGUUUAUCUCAGCCAUUUACUCCUGUUUUGGGUUUUUCCCUGUGCCUCUGCAAACUCUGUCAAAAAGGAUUGUUCAGUCCAGACUCAACAGCACCCUGGUGGGGGUUUUUACAAUCGUCCUGGUCUUUCUCUCCGCUUUCAUUAACAUUUUCACCUGCAGUACGGAUGACCUGAAGACAUGUUUAGGACAGGAGUUUAACAUCAGCCCCAGUGAUGUGAACGUUUGCCAUGUCCGCAACUCUUCCUUCAACUACACUCUCUGGUCUCAGGACAGCCUCUGCAACAGCUCGUCACCCGCCUGCAAUUUCCCAGAGUAUUUCUCUUCAUGUGUGCUGCUCAGUUUACUGGCCUGCUCAGUGUUCCUACAGAUCAGCAGUAUUGGUAAACUCUUCCUCAUGCUCUUCAUUGAGAUCCUGUACGUGCUUAUCAUGGAGGUGCCCGAGGUCAGCCUUUUUGACAAUGUGGACCUACUAGUCAUGGCCAAUGCCAAUGCCAUCUGUGCAAUGGACACCCGGGUUCCUCUAAAGAUCAUGACUCCAGUUGUCAUCACAGUUUUUGUGCUGGCUCUCUACCUUCAUGCACAGCAGGUGGAGUCUACAGCCAGACUAGACUUUCUCUGGAAGUUACAGGCCACAGAGGAGAAGGAGGAGAUGGAAGAACUUCAGGCCUACAACCGUCGGCUUCUCCACAACAUCUUGCCCAAAGACGUGGCCGCACACUUUCUGGCGCGCGAGCGGCGGAAUGACGAGCUGUAUUAUCAGUCGUGUGAAUGUGUGGCUGUCAUGUUUGCCUCCAUCAGCAAUUUCUCUGAGUUCUACGUGGAACUGGAGGCCAACAAUGAAGGUGUGGAGUGCUUGAGACUCCUCAACGAGAUCAUCGCCGACUUUGAUGAGAUCAUUAGCGAGGAUCAGUUUCGUCAACUAGAAAAGAUCAAAACCAUUGGCAGCACCUACAUGGCCGCGUCUGGGCUUAAUGACUCCACUUAUGAUAAAGCAGGAAGGUCACACAUUCGCGCUCUAGCCGACUACGCAAUGCGCCUCAUGGACCAGAUGAAGUACAUCAAUGAACACUCUUUCAAUAACUUCAAAAUGAAGAUCGGUCUCAAUAUAGGUCCCGUCGUGGCUGGUGUCAUAGGGGCUCGUAAACCGCAAUAUGACAUAUGGGGGAAUACUGUGAAUGUAGCCAGCCGUAUGGACAGCACUGGGGUACCUGAGAGAAUACAGGUCACAACUGACCUCUACCAGGUUCUCAGCUCAUAUAACUACACACUGGAGUGCAGAGGCGUUGUGAAAGUGAAGGGCAAAGGAGAAAUGACAACCUACUUCCUAAAUGGAGGACCCAACAGCAGUUAACACUCAACGUCUGAUAUUCAGAACAUUUUCGAGAUGAUAUGAGGACGAGACACUUAGGGCCGGGCCUCCCAGGCUGUUAAAAGGCAUCCUCUUGGACCAAUCACAAUAGGAUUUGUUCAGAAACAGCCUUCAGCCAGUCUAAAAAAGGCCUCUUUGCACACUGAGACUUCCUAUAGGAUUAACAGAGGCCUUUGGCCCCUUUAUUUAAGGCAUGGAACAGCUCAGAAAGACGGUUCAUCCUCAGAGACCAAAGAAACAAAGGAAUCUCAAGGCAUACAAAGCAGUCCUCCCGGUCUUAUAUUUCUGAUAUUGCCAAGAGAGGACAGAUGAACUGCAUUCUCUGCACCUGGCUUUGGUGGUCUCAGGUGUGGCUGGACUGCGAUCUUAAUCCACUGAGUGGUCCUGGUGGCUCCGAAACAACUGCAUGAACACUGAAGCCAAUAUACCUGUAAAACACAUGUUUUAUGUGUAUAUGAUUCAUCAGUGUAUGUAAAGAGUUCUGUUCAAUUGGUCUUGUUGUGUUCAACACUGUCUAGGUGAUAUCAAAGUAGAUAGAGAUAUCACAAUGAGCUAAUAUAAUGUAGAAGGCCAUAGUGAGCACAGCAGCUCUGCAAACCCUUUAUGGUUUCCUGAACUUUGCUGCAGCGACUGUGGUUGUUACUGGUAAGGGGGAGCGAGCAUUGACAGUGUUAGCUCUGAAUGAUCUAGAGUUGAGAAUAAAGCCCUGUUUAUGCCACCGCCGACUUGAAAAUUCAUUUUCAGUGUUGGGAUUUGCUCAGGUCCAAUUUAGACCAACCUGAUGGAGUAUGUCAAUCUGUCUUCAGUCAGAAACAAGCAAUUUAUGUCUUUAAUCAUGUGCAGGGUCAGUAUUUAAAAAACGAUGCAUAUGACUGUAUGUGGACCCAAAUAGGUCAGCGUUUAUUUAUAGAUAAAUGGCCGCCCACAUUGACAAAGAGCGCAUACUGAUUCUUGUUAAUCUUUAAUACAAUGCAUAAUGCACCGUUACAACCUAAAUACAAAAAUAUUUUUUUUCUUCCAGAAUGUUCAUUUUAGCAGUGUAAACUAGCUGUCAAUAAGAAAUGAGACUUAACAAGUAACCAACCGGAACGGUGGAUGGUGUGACAUGCAAGUCGCUGGCGGCAUGAACAGGGCAUGUGACUGUGUCUGUUCCAAACACAAAUUUACAUUCUCCAGACUACAGACACUUGUAUACACUGAAGACACUUUUAAGGACAGAGGAAAAUGGUCAAAUAUGGCUGUUUUUGUAUUUUUAACAUUUUAUAUUUUGACUCCAAAAGCUAAACUGUCAAUGCUAUUUUAGAUAAUAUAUUUUAUACAUUAAUAUAUUAGAAUGCUGUCUAUAAAUACAUACAUAUAAAUACAUAAUGGAACACAAUCCUGCACAUUUGAACAGGAGGGAGAGGUUUUUAAGUGUAAAUUAUCAGUCACCCUUUUCUGUUGCUGCGUCCCUUUGGAUAAACUCAGUAGCUUGCCUUGUAACCAUUUAAGCAUAAUAUGUUUGGCCUUUCUCCAAAAAGGGUUUCUGUAUCCUGUCAAGUACACUACAAUGUAAUUCUGAGUAGAAAAUAGAUUUGCAGGAGGCAAAAUGGCAAUUGAGUGUUUCAGAACAGCCACAGUCGUUUAAAGCUUGGCAAACAAAAGUGCAAAUACUGAUUUUAGCCUAGCAUUUAUAGUGCGUGGGACAACAAGUGGGGAUCCUCUAGGAAUGAUUUUGUUGUGCCACAAAUCUUCACCAUUUUUGCACUGCAGCUCGACCAGCAUUUCCUUCUCUCCCUCAGUUCAGUCUGAUGGUACGACCCAAUGAAUGUCCAUUUUCUCCAAUGAGGCCUUGUAUGUAAUAAUUGCAGUGUGUACACAAACUGGUUACAAGUAACUUUUUUUUGCUUUACCUAUUUCAGAUACAGUCAAGUAGGAUUAUGAUAUAAUGUGUUGGAAAAAUAAAUCUGCAUUUCAUGUGUUAUGAAACUGUAAACUA